AUGGUAAGAAUCGUUGAAAGAAAGAAAUGCUUAUUAUUAGCAAUACCAAUGAUAUUAGGAGCUAUGAUAAAUCCAAUGAUAAAUUAUACUUCAUCAAUAGUGCAAACAGACAUACCCGUGGCGACAUAUCAGCCUAUGAAAUUUCCAGAUGUUUAUAUGGCUAAAAACAAUGAAGACUCUUAUUCAAACCACACAUUGGCCUAUUCAAGUUAUAAAGAUAAAUAUGAAGACAAAAAUACUUUUAUACCUAUAGACUCAGUAGAAAAUGAUAUGUCUAACAGUAACUCCUAUGUUAUUUAUAACACUAUAUUAGACGAAUACCUGCAAUAUGGCAAUGUAUAUGCGCAUUUAGAGAGUAUGAAUAAGCAUGAGGUAUAUAAGAGACUAUUAGAUAGUUUGCAAGAAGAUUUUUUUGGCCCAGAUACUAUUUAUGGAAAUAGUAUAAACAAUGAAAAUAGCAAAAAAGUGCUAUCACACUUACUACUAAGCAACUUGUCACCAAUAGAAUCGAUGGCGAUAAAGAAGAUAAUGUCUGGUGGUCCAGAAAAUCUGUAUAAUCCCAUUGAAUAUAACAAGUCUACUUUCUCUUCUGGUGCAAACAGUUCAAUUUUUAAUAAUAUUAUAACAAGAGAGGUACAAACAAGAAGUAUACUAAGUGAAUUUGACAGUUCUCUUCUAGAGGUUUUUAAUGAAUUAUUUGCUAUUAACAGCAGAUUUGUUGUAGAUAGAGGUACUAUAGAGACAAUUAAUAAAUACGCCUCUGCUGUGCGCACAACAUAUGCAUAUUUGUCAAAACAACUACUGCUGGCACUGGAUAGUUGUAAAACCCAAAAUGUUUAUUCGGCAGAAUCAUUGCAGAAAAUAAUGUUGUUUUCUAUAGAAUACUUAAGCGAUUUUGGGGAGAAUAUCACAGAUUCGGGCAUUUCAUCUGACGAUGAUUUACAUUUAACUAUUUCAGAUUAUGUAUUUAAGAAUAUUCAAGAGUUUUCCAAAGACAUAAAUAAUGCAUAUUACUUUCAGGCCACAGUAAUUAACACAAUACUGCAAAUAAAAGAACUGCUCCCAUUUAUAGCUUCUUCUAUGGAUGUCUUGAAGUUAACCGAAAAAACCAAAGACCAAAUAGCAACAAUUGAGUAUGCAGAAAAAUCUAUACAGGAAGGCCUUAACAAAGCAUUUGAUGAGUUGUUUCUAUUUAAUCCUUACUUCUUUGAUGUAAAAUAUGUAGAGCGAAUAAAUAUAUACCUGCAGACAAGCAUAAACAAGCUUUUGUUUGGAAUAAAUAUAAUAUCCGUUUUGUUACAAAAAAAUAUUGAAACUUUAGAAGUGUGUCUGAAUGAAAUAUUAGACAAAGCAGAUGCAUACUCAGCGGAUAAUAAAAUAGAGCUAAAUAUGCUGAAUUAUUCAGAUAAAAAAUUCAUACAGGAAAUACGAAGAAGCUCCCGUAUUAUAAAUAGAAUAGAAGAACAAAUUAAUGGGCUAAAAGAAUCUUUACUUAAUUCCCAGGACAGUAAAACUAUCUCCAGCCUUAUAUUCAAACAGGAGGAAGACAUGGAUGAGUGGAUAGACAUAUUGUACUGCAAAUAUAAAACAUGUAUAGACGAGGAUGCUGAUGAGUAUGAAGACGAAUUUAGAAGUGGCAUAGAAUUCUCUAAAACAUCGAAUAACUCUUCUAAAGUUAAAAUAGGUUCUAAUGAAGCUAGAAGUGAUUUUGUAUCUAAGAGCCAAAGGUUUUAUUUAAAGUAUUUAAAGCCUAUUUUAUAUAUUCCUAUAAGCAUAAUUAUAUAUAUACACGCAGAAAUUAUUCAGUAAUAAAAGUACCUGCAUAUAAAGAUACCUGCCUUGGCCCUAAUAAAUACAUAUUUAACACUAGAAAAAUAGGUUGUACUAGAAACAUCAUAUAUCUUGAAAUCAAUUUUAAAAUGUCUAACCAG